AACUUUUCUAUCGAUCCAGUCGCACAACUUGACGAAACCUCGCUCCCUCAUUCAUUAUCCUGCUCUUUUGAUUCGGUACAUCUAUUCUACCCGGCUACAGUAAAUGCACUGAUCGAACGAUGCCCCCGAAAGCUGCCCCCCGACGAACAGCCACGCGGCGACAGCCAGCGCCCGAACCCGAAGCAGGCACCGCGGCGUCCAGCACAAGCGGUGCGGUUGACCCGGUUGGACAGAAUGAGUCCGUGACGCCCAGUGAGGGCGGAUCGCGCCCUGCGUCGACGCGCCCGCCCGUCCAGCGGCUGCAAUCGCUGAAAAAGCGCACACCGGCAGGCAGCAUCGCACCCGCGACGAAGAAACAGCCGUCUGCCCUUGGAGGAGGACCGGCAGGAGACGGCAGCACGACGAAACCGACGCUCAAGUACCAGCCGAAAGCCGUGAUGCGACGCAGCAAGGAAGAGCGAGAAGCGCUGGAGAAGCUGGAGGCGGAGCGGAACCGCGAGCGACUGGCCGAGGUGGCUGCGAUACGCAGGGGGCGCGGCGACGGCGGCCGCGGGGCCCAUGGACGUGGCGGACAGGGAGGGCGGGGAGGCGCGCGACGCGGCCGCGGCGGGAUUUUCAGCGUGGACUCGUCGCGGGCGUCGUCGAUGUCGCGGCGGAGCCGGUCGAUCAUCGAUGCUGGGGGUGCGGGCGGUCGGGGCGGAGAGGACUACUCGUCUGACGAAGACCGGGAGGGGCUUCGGAUCAGCAUUGACGAGAUCAAUCUGGAGAGCGAUAGCGAAGACGACUAUGGCGAUAGCAAGAAGGGUAAGAUGGCGGCACGCAAUUCGUACGGCGGCGUUAGGGCCCUGCGUCCGAUCCGGGUCGAACGCUACGAACAUGAGGAGCGGGUGGUCAGCGUCAACAUGGAGUCGAGCACGACGAGUAAGCCGGCCGAAGAAACGGCAGAGGAAGAAGCGGACCCCGAAGACCUGACUGCCGAAGACGACAACACGCUCUUCGUCGAGCAAGAUGCCCCGGACGAUACGCAUGUCAAACAAGAACCGGCAGACGGAGAUGAAGUCAUGACAGAUGAUAUCCCCCACGCAGACGAUACCAUCAUCACCGACGAUGGGUUCCUGCCCGAGCAGACAGUCAAGGUCCGCCGGAAACUGCAGGCGAAGGAGGCCCCAGCACCGGCGCCGGCGACGGUGACGAUAGCAGCAGCACCGACGAAGAAAAAGAAGGACCCCCGCGAUUUAUUACGUACAAAGGAGGAACUCGAAGAAUACGAUCGACAUCUGGAGGAUCUCGAUGCGGUCAAGGACCUACUUUAUUUCGAACCCAAGGAGCCGGCGCCGGCGACGGUGACAACAGAAAAGUCCAAGUCGCCGGUAGAAGCAGGCGGGGAAGGCGACAAGGGGGAAGAUAAGACAGGGGAGAAGGAGGAGGAGGAGAAGGAGGAGGAGGAGACAGAGGAAGAGCCUACAAACGAGAAGCUCGCAGGCCAACUGUUCCUGAUGCAGUUCCCGCCCAUGACGCCUAACCUGGUGGUCUCUGGAAGCACCAACGAACAGCCCGGCGACAGAGAAGCAGAGCCGCGCAGCACUCAACCGGGACCCCUGGGCGGCGUCAAGCGCGAACAGCAGGACGGAGACGACGACGCCCUCGAAGUCACGGGCGAAUCGGUCGGCGCACCGCCUCAUGAAUCCUCCAAGAUCGUCACGGCGACCAACCGACAGCUCCACGCGGGUCGCGUGGGCAAACUCAACGUGCAUGCCUCGGGGCGAGUGACGAUGGACUGGGGAGGGAUCAGCUUCGAGCUCGACCGCGCCACCGCCGUGGGCUUCCUGCAGGAGGCGCUGAUUGUCUCUGCGCCCUCUCACGACCUGACAACGGGCGAGGUCAUGCCGGAUGAGAAACGGGUGUGGGCGAUGGGUCAGCUUAGCGGCAAGUUCACCGUCAUGCCGAACUGGGAAGAGAUACUCUAAUCUAUUCGGAUUCAAAUAUUCAUAUCAUUCGCAUAAUCUGUAACUAGUACUCUGUACCUCUUAAGUGACCUCAGUAUACCCUCACUACACCCUGAUUGGACAGAGAUGACAUCUUAUCAAUCUAUCAAUCUGAGCCGAGCGAUCAUCAAACCCUACUCUGUACUCUAGAUUUUAUUUUAUAGUCAAAAUUAGACUAUUUAUUGGCC